CACGCCAAGCAAUUAGCUCUUUCACGUCACUGCCCGUCGCAACUUCUCUUCUCCCACGACACGACUCUCCCCUGUGCGCGUUUCACACUCGACCGGCGGCCAACUCGGGCUACAGGUACGUAUAAUACUGCGCCAUAACGAACCCAACACUCAACCGAAAUCUAUUAGGAGGGUAACCUCUGGCCGCCGUCGCGACUACCUCGGACCGCACUCCACCAUGGCGACUCUCGAACAAGAGCUUCUGGCCGACUUCGCCGAUAGCGGCGAUGAAGAUGUCCAGGACCUUGAGAAUGACUUUGCUGAGGGUUCGGGCGACGAUGACAUGGUGGACGAAGAGGCGCAAUACCGGGAGAAGAAGGACAAAGAAGACAAGGGUCCAGCCGACAUUCGAUCCGCCCAGCAGCUCAAGGCCAACCUAGACCCCGUGUUGAAGCGCAUCGAAGAAACACAGGACCAGAUGGACAUAGUCGAGGGCGAGUCCUUUGAGGAGUCUCCAGAGUACCAACUCCUCACCGAGGCCAACGAGUUCUCCACUCAGAUCGACGGCGAAACCGCUACUGUCCACAAGUUCAUCCGCGACCACUACUCAGCCUUCUUCCCCCACUUGGAAGAUUUGAUCAAGAACCCCAUCGUCUACGCAAAAGCAUGUCUAGUCAUCGGCGGCGGACCCCUCUCAGACAUCAAAGACAUAAGCCCCAAGCUACGGCAAAUCGAGGGAAUGGAGCCUGCUCAGGUCAUGAUUGUCGAAAUUGAAGCAACACGCGUCGAAGGAAGGCUGCUCAACGAAACCGAGCUCGACCUGGUAUCAAGCGCCUGCCACCUCCUCCUCGAACUCCACGCCGCCAAGUCCAAGAUCCUAGGUUUCGUCGAAUCCCGCACAGAACUCUUUGCACCGAACCUGACUGCUUUGAUUGGAAGUUUGACUGCCGCCCAUCUCAUCUCCUACUCCGGCGGUAUCGCAAACCUAGCCAAAACCCCCGCCUGCAACAUCGCGCCUUUGGGCUCAACAAAAGUCUCCGGCGCUACCGUCGGUUUGUCAAAUAUGGGUUUACGACACGAAGGUUACCUGUAUCACAGCGACAUCAUCCAGAAUCAACGCCCGGAUCUCCGGAAACAAGCUCUGCGCAUUGUAUCUGCAAAGGUCAUUCUUGCCGCACGCGUAGACGCACAUUCCAACUCGCACACCGCCGACAUUGGCAUGGACCUUCGUAAAGAAUGUGAACGCCGUCUCGACAAACUCGUCGAAAUGCCAGCCAACCAAAAAGCCGGUGGACGCGCACUCCCUGUACCCGAUGAGAAGCCGUCACGUAAGCGCGGUGGAAGACGUGCUAGAAAGGCCAAGGAAGCAACUGCCAUGACCGAAAUUCGCAAAGCGCAAAACCGCAUGACGUUUGGCAAGGAAGAGAAGGAAGUCGGUUACGGUGACUCUGUCAAGGGCAUGGGCAUGAUUGGAGCAACAGAUACCGGCCGUCUCCGCGCCCAACAAAUCGAUCCCAAGACACGCGCCAAACUUAGCAAGAAGAACCCUGGCUGGGGCACAGACACGACGCUCGGCGCUGCAUCUUCCCUCAAAGGCUUUGGAGGCAGUGGCACGGCGACUAGUCUUCGCGCACAGGGAUUGAGGACGGGAGGUGUGGGAUUGGGCGGGAGCGGAACGGGGUCCAUUGCUUUUACGCCUGUGCAAGGGCUUGAGCUUAUCGACCCGAGGGCCAAGGAGGAGGCGGCGAGGAAGAGAAAAGCAGAUGAAGAUAGGUGGUUCAAGGGGGGUAGUUUUACGCAGCUUAAUGGUGGUGGUAGUGGCAAGACGGAUGCGGGCGGUUUCAAGGUCCCUGCGCUGCCUAAUAAGAAACCGAGGACGGAUGCUUAGGCAGCGAAAUGAAAGGAGGAUAGCGGGAUUGCAUGUGUGGCGUUCUUUUGUUGGUGUUCCAACUCCGUGUGUGUGUAUGCAUUUGACGGCGUUUUGAUUUUGGGGGGGAACGGGAAGGCGGAGAUACCUUUGAGGAUAUUUCGGGGGUUUAGUAAAAGGGUUUUCAGAUAGUGUAGUUUGAGUACAAUUAUAGCUUACUAGAUUCGUA